AAUACCGUCGCGAAGAUGUUCUCGGUCCCCGGCUGGAACGUUUCUGCGCCCAUCAAAGCCCAGGUCGAGAAACCGAAACCCAAAGACCCGAACAAGCUCGGCAAGAAGGCGCUGAAGAGGCAGGAAAAGCAAGAAGUAAAGCUCAAUACAGAGAACAUAGGAGAGUACUGGGACAAAGUUACCGAGGAGAAGGAUGUGAAACCACAGGGAGAGCAGACACCGGCUCAAAACCCAGUAGAAGCGACGGCCGAUGGUGCGCAAGAGAAGCGAGGAAAGAAGCGCAAGAGAGGUAAGGCUGGAGGUAAUAAGGACAAAAAGGAGGGAGAAGAUGGUGCUUCAAAGGCAGACGGCAGUGUUCCUCCGGUAGCACAGAGCGCCGAGUCUGGCACUCAGAGUGUCUCAGCGGAGAAGCCUACCACAGCUACAAACGGCGACUCGAAGCGCGACAAGAAGAAGCGCAAGAAGGAACAGAAGUCUGGCAACCAGCAGCAAGCCGAAGCCAAUGGAGUUCAUGCGCCAGAGCUAUCCAAACCUCUCACCCUAGCAUCACUCAUCCCCGAGCCGAAAGGCCUCACACCCCUUCAAAGAUCCAUGCGCAGCAAGCUUGCCAGUGCCCGCUUCCGCCACCUCAACGAAUCCCUAUAUACCAAACCGUCCAAAGAGUCGCUUGAUCUCUUCAAAGAAGACCCUAGCAUGUUUGAGGACUACCACCGCGGCUUCGCACAGCAGGUAGAAGUGUGGCCUGAGAACCCAGUGGAUGGAUAUGUUCAAAGCAUACUAGCGCGAGGAAAGAUAAGCAACAAGGAUCCGUGGAAAGACAAGAAGCGGCAAGCCAAGAAGGGCAAAGGAAGUGCCCCAGAAGUUGAACAGCCAGAGUCAGCCGUUGUGCCCGCGCGAGGCGAUUCGAAACCCCUCCCCCGCAACGUCAAAGGGCAUGCCACGAUUGCAGAUCUAGGAUGCGGCACGGCCUCGCUUUCCUACCACCUACAAUCCCAGCUGAAACCACUGAACCUCACAUUCCAUUCCUUUGACCUCUCGAAGCCGUCCGGCCCCUCUGCUCCUCUCGUAACCGUCGCUGAUAUAUCCUCUCUCCCGCUCCCGGACAACUCCGUCGACGUGGCUAUCUUCUGCCUCGCGCUCAUGGGCACAAAUUGGCUGGAUUUCAUAGACGAAGCCUACCGUAUUCUACGCUGGCGCGGUGAACUUUGGGUCUCGGAGAUUAAGAGCCGAUUCGGACGUGUGGACAAGAAGAAAGGCAAAGCUCCGAUCAACAGCAUCGGGAGCCUCAAGAAGCCCAUGCCUGAUAAGAAGAAGGGGGGCAAGAAGGGUAAAUCCGGUGACAAGCCAGACGAAGAGGGCAUCGCUGGUUCUGAAGAUGAAGAAGAACUCGCCGUCAACGUGGAUGGCGUCGACGCAAAGGAAGGUACCGAUGUCAGUGCGUUUGUCGAGGUGCUUCGCAAGCGUGGCUUCGUUCUAGACGCCCUGCCUGAGAAACCCAAUGAUGCUAUUGAUCUCAGCAACAAGAUGUUUGUCAAGAUGCAAUUCGUCAAGGCGGCGCAUCCGAGCCGAGGCAAGAACGCAAAAGAAGAUCAAAAGGCGGGGGCUGGACGACCUGGAAACAUGAAGAUGGGUCUCAAGGGGAAGAAAUUUGGCAUUGUGGCUGAGGAAGAUACAUCCAGUGGUGACAAGGAGAAGUCGGUCUUGAAACCGUGUUUGUAUAAGAUAAGAUGA